ACAAGUACAGAACAAUGUGAUAGCUGGACAAGUGUUGAUGCCUCCAGAAAACUGUCCAGAGAUCCUUUACAACAUGAUGAAGCGCUGCUGGAAUUAUCAGCCUGAGAUGAGACCAACAUUCCUCGAACUGGUGGAAUGGAUUUUGGGGCUGCCAAACUUCACACCCAACCAGAAUUUCCCCAUGGUCAGCUACUACCACAAUAGGUAUUAGUAAUGUUGGCCCCAGCAUAUAUGAUGCACUCGUAGUACUGGGCCCCGGUGUAGAUGUAGUUAGUAGUUAGGAGGUGCCGUGUAAGGGAUUCAGAUCCCCACUGAGCCUUCCAGUUCAGGGGCUCUAUAAAUAAAGGCUUUUUAUUUCA